AUGUUAUUCAAGCUUCUAGUUUCAGUCAGCACCUUGGUGCUAACCUCGACCGCGAUUGACUGUUCUGCGAAAGAGCUACAGCCAUACAAUUUUGAGAGCAUUAAAGGCACACACUCCAUUACCAAUAUCAAAAACACUCCGCCAUCGAAAACCAGCAUCACUUGGAGCGUGGGAUUCUGCGACGCAAUACAUGACAUCACCAACUGCCCGCCAAACUCCGACUUGUGCGGCAUCACCACCAUCUUCAGGGAUAACGAGAGCCCGGUCGUUUCCGAGAUCAUUGCAUUCAACUCAAACAUCCAAAAGACCUACGUGCCUAUAGAUAACGGAGAUGGCGGAAUCACGAUUUUAUACAAGGGCGCAAAUUGGGGCGACUCCUUGGUCGAUGCCGAGUUGAGACUUGCUUGCGACAAGAACGCCAGGGAUGACGAUUUCAAGAUUGACGAGUGGACGGGACAAAGUUUGAAAAUCACAUUGAAUACAAAAGCUGCCUGCAUCACAAGUGAAAAGGACAAGAAGAAGAACAACGGCGGUACACCAAAAAAGGACAACGGCGAGUCGUGGGGCUGGUUCACUUGGAUAUUUAUCUUUUUGGUGUUGUUCUUGAGCAUAUACAUCAUUGGCGGGGCUUGGUUCCAAUACAACAAGGGCAAUGCGAUAGAUUUCCAGAGUGCUUUAAAGGAGGUCAUAGAAAACUUUUUCGAUCUAUUAAAGAGUCUUCCCGGUUUCGUCAGGGAAAUUGUGGAAAAGUUUACAGGAAGUAGCAAUAGGGGAGAUUAUAGCGCCGUGUAA